UCAAAAUGGUUGACAGAUUGUAGAAUGAGAACAAUUAGUGGUAUUUUUUGUGUACCUGCUUAAUUUGUUUUGUAAUAACAUUAUCAUUUUAUUUGAGAAAAUAAUAAGUGAAGAUCUGGUAUCUUUGUGUUGAUAAUAUUAAAUGGUUGGAAGUUAUUAAGAAUUGAUCAUCAUUUAUUUCUAUGAACUCAAAAAGCGAAACUGACGAAGCUUCAAGGGGGAGCGAAGCAUCAUCGUCAAAUAAUAAUCCAGCCCCAAGCAACUCAAAGGAACAAUCCGAGGCGGGUUUAUGCGCCGAUACAAGUUCAAACACGACCGACAUCAUGAAGAGAGCCGCCGCAAGACAACUGAUUGAGAGAUAUUUCUACCAGCUUCUAGACGGCUGCGGUAACCCUAAUUGUGACAACCAGUACUGUGCUUCAAGUGGAGAGGCAAGAAACUUGACCCCAAAUGAGGCUGCAGCAGAAGCAAUAAAACUAUUUUACAAGGAGGCUCGCCUCUGUGACACUUUACCAAAUAAAGUACCCAGAACUGAAGCCAGCACAUGUGACACUAGUGCUAGCGCACCAUGUUCAACGUCAAAUACAAAGGACAAAAACAAUAGGGAUAAGAAAGGUGAUCCAUCAUGUAGUUCUUCACCGAAUGACAACAAGACGGACAAGCCUGAAACUAGUCAUAAUAUAUCUCGGGAGGAGUAUAAAAAUCUAAGUCAUAAUAACGGGGCUCCGUUAACCGAGGAUCGUAUAUAUGAACUGUGUGACGAGUGUCUCCAGACUAAAAAACCUCAAGCGCUCAUAAGAGCCCUCGGCGAAGCCUUCACCCAGCCGGCAAUUUUAUCCAGAUGUUUUCAGAAAAAGGUCUCCAAAUGUGAUGUUAGCGAAGGGAAGAAAAAGUUAGAUAAGGAAUUGAAGGCGAUGUGUUCUUCGAGUGACCCCGACAAGGAUGUGGACUGUGUCACCGGCCCGGGGCUGGAUGUGGGUUCAUGUCAGAGAGCCUUUCAGUAUCUUGCCAAAGUGCCAUCAGAAUAUUAUAGUUCUGCGUUAGUGAUAGCGUUGAAGACGUUGGCUGAGAACAUGGAAAUAGAUUUACGAAUAACAAAGAAAAUGAGUUUGGACGACGUGGUCACCUGCUUCGUGAUAGCCUUCGAGGUUCCGGAUCUCAGAUGUAGCGAUUAUUUGGAGAUUGCCCUGCCGGCUCUGUGCCACGCGGCCGAACAUUUGCCAGUUAAAGCUCAAGCGAAACUAGCUCGUACCUGGGCCCAGCACUGUAAGGACAGUUUACGUCACAUCUUGGAAACCUUGCAGCAGCUGAUCACAUUGAGGGUGAUCUGUACCAACUACUCGAGGAAUUUCCAGGUGCAGGACGACGAAACGGUUACCAUGGCAACUAAACUGAUGAAGAUAGUGUACUUCGCAAAUAUGUUAGCUGGAGUGAUGGAAGCGAAUACGUUAAGGGAGGAACCCAUAGUGAUCGCCAGUCAAUUGGACCCGCUAGGAGACGCCUUAGAUCAUUUGUACCCCCUCUCAUCGAUCAAGAACUCCAAACAGGCGCAGCAAGAUGACCCUCUAGCUAUUGAAUUAGAUGUAAACGUACUAGACUCUAGGAAACCAUAUUUGCCAUUCGAAGAGUUUUAUAACGAACCCCUUAGUGAUAACAUAGAAAUGGAUAUAGAUCUAGCUAAUUGUAAAACUGAAAUAGGUAAUGGUAGAAAGUUCUCGUUCCUGAAGUACCCGUUCAUACUGACGGCGGCCACCAAGUCGCUCGGCCUCUACUACGAGAACCGUAUCCGCAUGUACUCGGAACGGCGCGUGUCUCUCCUCCACGCGGUAGUAGGGGCCGCACCUCCCAUGCCCUUCUUGAGGCUGAAAGUACGACGCUCGCACAUCAUAGAUGACGCGCUUGUUGAGUUAGAGAUGAUAGCAAUGGAACGAGCGUUGGAUCUCAAAAAGCAGCUGGUGGUGGAGUUCGAGGGCGAGCAGGGCGUGGACGAGGGCGGAGUCAGCAAGGAGUUCUUCCAACUGGUCGUGGAACAGAUCUUCAACCCCGACUACGGCAUGUUCACACACAGGCAGGACUCGCAUACUGUCUGGUUCAACCCUACGUCGUUCGAGACGGAGGCCCAGUUCACGUUAAUCGGUAUCGUGCUGGGGCUAGCCAUAUAUAAUAAUAUAAUAUUAGCGGUCAACUUCCCCAUGGUGGUGUACAGGAAACUCAUGGGAAAGAAAGGUUCCUUCGAAGAUCUCGCUGAUUGGAAUUCUACUUUAUACAACGGUUUAAAAGACAUGCUGGACUACACCGGAAGUGAUUUAGAGGAGGUAUACUACCAGACGUUCAGGAUAUGCUACACCGAUGUGUUCGGCAACAAUAUAUUCCAUGAUCUCAAAGAAAACGGCGACAAUAUUUUCGUCACGCAGGACAAUAAACAGGAAUUUGUGGAUCUGUACUCGGAUUUCCUCCUCAACAAGUCCGUGGAGAGCCAGUUCCGCGCGUUCCGUCGCGGGUUCGUGAUGGUGACGGACGAGAGUCAGCUCGGAGCGCUCUUCAGGCCCGAGGAGGUGGAGACGCUCGUCUGCGGCAGUAAGAACUUCGAUUUCAACGAGCUGGAGAAGUCUACGGAGUACGACGGCGGUUAUACGGCUGAGUCACAGAUCAUCAAAGACUUCUGGAGCAUCGUGCACGGUCUGACGCUCGAGGACAAGCGCAAGCUGCUGCAGUUCACGACCGGCUCGGACAGGGUGCCCGUGGGCGGACUGAGCCACCUGAAACUGGUCAUCGCCAGAAACGGCCCCGACUCGGACCGCCUCCCCACCGCGCACACCUGCUUCAACGUGCUCCUGCUGCCCGAGUACAGCACGCGGCACAAGCUGCAGGACAGGCUCAUGAAGGCCAUCAGCUACUCCAAGGGCUUCGGCAUGCUGUAACCCGGCGGCUCGGCGUACAGCCACUGUUUGGCGGAUUUGUAACAAAUGAAUAAAGUUUUGUUUUAUUUA